AUGCUUGCCUGUGCAGAAAUUUCAAAAAUGGACACUUGCAGACUUCAACAAAUUAAGCUUGGAUCAAAUAUUAUUGUUGAUGGUUUAUUUUUUAACGAAAUAAAUCAUAAAUUAAAUAAUACUAGCAACAAAGUGAUUCUAUCAGAUUCGUAUAGUGAUCAAAAAUAUAUUCCAACAGACAUUCACAAGAAAUUGGAAAAAGAUAAUUAUGAUGAUUGUAAUGAUAAAUCAAAGAGCCUUAAACAUCAAUGUAAAAAAAGUCAACAAAUGUCCUUAAAUAAACUAAACCUUGACACUCACCUCGGAAUUCAACUGCCUAUAAAACAAUCCUAUACAUGUACUGUUUGUCAAAAAUUAUUUCUCUACAAAUACCGAUACGAUGCUCAUUUACAAAGUCACAAUGUCGAUAAACAAAAAUAUAAGUGUAAAAUUUGUGAUAAAUCUUUCACACGUAAAUACCAUAUAAGCAUCCAUAAUAGAACACAUACAGGUGAAAAACCUUAUAAAUGUGACCUAUGUGAGAAAUUGUUUUCAAUGAAACAUCAUCUCUUAUCUCACAUCAGAACUCAUACAGGUGAAAAGCCUUACACUUGUGACAUGUGUAAUGAAUCGUUUACCCGCAAAGAUAUACUGAGCAAGCAUGUUAGAACUCACAUAGGCGAACAACUUUUUACGUGUGUUAAAUGUCAUAAACAAUUUUCUAUGAAAACAUACACAGGAGAGAAACAAUACUUCUGUCAUUUGUGUCAACAGAUCGAGCCUCAAUCAAAUAAUGUGGACAGCAUAAAUACUGAUGUAAAUCAUGACUUUGGCUUAGAAAUGUAUAACAAUGAUAAAUGUAUUGAAACAACAGACAUCAUAGAUAUAAAAUAUGAAAACAACACAGAAAGUAAUGACAAUGAAUCAAGUAUUCUAAUGUCAGCAUCAAACAUGUUAUCAUAUCAACCCUAUAAUGAAAUGUUGAAUAACACUAAAGAAUUUCAAUCUGAUGUUAAAUGUCUUGAAACAUUCUGUAGUGUAGAGUUUAAAGAAAAACCGUAUAAAUGUCACAUGUGUCAGCAAUUAUUUUCUAACAAACAAAAUCUCGAUUCUCACAUUAGAAGUCAUACUACAAAACAACCUUAUACAUGUACGAUUUGUAAAAAGUCAUUUUUCUAUAAGUAUCGUUUUGAUGCUCAUAUAACAAAUCACAAAAUGGACAAGUAUAAAUGUAAAAUUUGUGAGAAAUCUUUUACCCGUAAAUACCAUUUUGAUACUCAUUAUAGAAUACAUACUGGUGAAAAACCUUUUAAAUGUGAAAUAUGUCUGAAAUUAUUUUCGCUAAAACAUCACCUUAUAUCACACAUUAGGACUCACACGGGCGAGAAACCAUUUAAUUGUGAGCUUUGUAAUGAAUCAUUUCGACGUAAAGAUAUACUUAGUAAUCAUAUUAGAAUUCAUACUGGAGAAAAACAAUUUGUUUGUGAUUAUUGCGAAAAACAAUUCUCUAUGAAACAAUACUUAAUUAGACAUAUGAGAACGCACACUGGAGAAAAACCAUUUAUUUGUCAUGUGUGUCAAAAAAGGUUUUCUCAGAGAUCCGGACUUGAUUGUCAUAUAAGAAUUCACACUGGGGAGAAACUUUUUCAAUGUGAGGUGUGUAAGAAAUUAUUUUCUAGAAGAGACAAUUUAACAAUCCAUAUGUCAGUACAUAAUAUUAGCAUAGAAGUUGACCACCAAUGA